AUGGAUUAAAACAAAUCAAAAUAUACUAUUCCGUCUUUCAUUAUUAAAUUGCAUGCCAUAUUAGAAGACUUAAAUAAUUCGUUAAUAAUCACAUGGACACCACAAGGAGAUGCCUUUAUUGUUUUAAAUCCCGAAAUAUUGGAACAAUAAAUACUUCCUUAACAUUUUAAACAUAAUCAUUUUACUUCCUUCUUGCGAUAGUUGAAUAUGUAUGACUUUUAGAAGAUUCGAAACCAGAACAAUUAACAAGUGUUUUGGCAUUAAAAUUUCUUAAAAGGAAAAGAACAUCUCUAAGUUUUGUUGAAAAGAAGUUAGAACAAAUUGCAAUAAAAGCAGAGGUUUGAUCAUUAAUGCUAUUAAACAUUUUUGAUAGAUGAAAUCACUUCUAUAAAAUAAAAUUUAAAAUAAGAUGAAUAAUAAUUCACUCAUAUUAUUAAUUAGCACGAGAUCAUAUUAUAACAGCAUAAAUAAAUAUAUUUAGAUUUACAAUAACAGAGGGAGUCAAUGGAAAUUAAAUACGAGAAAUUGAAUGGACAGGUUUAGGCGAUUAUAAGUUGGUAUAAAGUAGAUUCGACUAGUUAAUAUUUUGAAAGCUGUUCUUAGGAGGAAGAACAAUCAGAAUAUUUUUGUUCCUAAAAUCUCUGA